GAGACAAUGUCUGUGACGUAUGUGUGUCUUCAGUGGUUGUAAUGUAUUGCUACUGUCAAACCAGCUUCACAGAAAGCGACUGUCUAUGCUCAAAGGUUCCUGGUGUGUAGGAGGAUUUUACAUAAAGUGUGUGUGUGUCUGUUAAUAAAUGUGUAAGCGUGGGUAAGUACAACUUGGCUCUGUUUAGUCCAAAAAUGCAGAUUUAGUGCACGAAAGCAUAGGUGGUGUAGGGAAAUAGGAAUGUAGACAGAGUGUUUGCCAGUGUGUUAGAAGAGGGAGAGUGACUGUAAUAAAAUGCUCAACAUGCCCGAGACUGCCCCCUGAUGUCACUGAGAGCCGAGGGAGAGAGAGUGGGAGAGAGAGUGAGUGGGAGGGGACCGGAGGAGCAGACGGAGGGAGGGAGAGUGGCAGCUGGAGGGCAGAGCAAAACACGUCAGUGAGAGGAGCAGAGAGAGGCGACAGAGUGAGAGACGGACUGUGUGAAAGAUCGAGAGGGAGAAAGAUUUGUUGUUAGGACCUAACCCAGGCCGGUCUGCUGUGUCUGUGUGCUGCAGUGGACUUGAACGCCAUCUCUUCUCACUCGCACUUUUGGCUACAAACGCACUUUCUGUCUCUCUCUCGCUCAGAUACUGUACGCCACUCUCAAACGUGCAAGAACAGCGCAGCACGGCAUAACUGAUGGUGGACGUGAGCACAGCGGCGCUGCCCUCCACCGCCACAGCCAUCCUUCCCAUGGAUCUGCGCAUAGUGGACCACGCUCACCACCACCAGCAGCAGCCCUCCUUUGGCUUGGUUCCUCCACCCCACCCCACGCCACCCACCUCCACGUCUACUGAGACAGGCCGCGGACCAGUCAUUAGCCAGCAGGAGCAGCACCUGCAGCAGGAGCUGGUGGCUCUUAAACACAAGCAGCAGCUCCAGAGGCAGCUACUCAUCGCAGAGUUUCAGAGGCAACAUGAACAGCUAUCACGACAACAUGAAGCCCAGAUGCAGGAGCAUGUCAAGCACCAACAGGAGUUACUGGCGCUCAAGCAUCAACAAGAACUGUUGGAGCACCACAGAAAGAUGGAGCAACAACGUCACGAGGAGCAGCUGGAGAAGCAGCAGCGGGAACACAAACUCCAACAGCUCAAAAACAAGGAGAGGGGACAAGAGAGUGCAGUCGCCAGUACAGAGGUAAAGAUGCGACUUCAGGAGUUUGUCCUGAACAAAAAGAAAGCCUUGGCUCAGCGAAACCUAAACCACUGUCUGCCCAGUGACCCACGCUACUGGUAUGGAAAAACUCAGCAUAGCUCUUUGGACCAGAGCUCACCUCCACAAACGGCACUGUCAGCGUACAACCAUCCCAUGCUGGGCACAUACGACUCCAAAGAUGACUUCCCUCUCCGCAAAACCGCCUCUGAGCCCAACCUAAAGCUUCGUUCUCGGCUAAAACAGAAGGUGACGGAGCGUCGCAGCAGCCCUCUGCUCCGUAGGAAAGAUGGACCCCUUGCUACUGUUAAGAAGCGUCCCCUAGACGUCGCUGAGUCUGCAUGUAACAGUGCACCAGGCUCAGGUCCCAGUUCCCCCAACAAUGGCUCCAGUAACAUCCCCACAGAGAAUGGGAUCACAAUCUGCAGCAGUCCAGGAGAGACCUCGCUGCUCCAGAGGCUGGCAACACGGGAAGGGUCAGUUAGCCACCUCUCUCUCUACACCUCUCCGUCUCUGCCCAACAUCACCCUGGGCCUGCCAGCCACAGGACCUGCUAGCACUGUGGUAUCGGGACACCAAGAUGGCGAGAGUCAUCUGGCAUUGCCUGCAUUGCAGCAGGGCAUUCCACUGACCCCUCCUUUCCUGCCCUCCCACCUGCCCUCCUACUUGGCAUCUUCAGCACUGGACAGGGAGGGCCCAGGAGGGGGCACGGUGGGUCACAACCCCCUCCUCCAACACAUGGUACUGCUGGAUCCAAGCCACAGUCCAGUGGUUGGGCUGGGUGGCCUACCGCUGCCAUCGUCCUCCGUCUCCAAGCUCAUGCGCAGCCACCGUCCCCUGGGGAGAACGCAGUCGGCGCCUCUGCCCCAGCAGCAGUGCGGACAGACACAGGCCCUGCAGCACCUGGUGGUCCAGCAGCAGCACCAGCAGUUCCUGGAGAAGCACAAACAACUGUUCCAACAGCAGCAGCAGCAGCACAUCAUCAACAAGAUAAUGUCCAAGCCCGGCGAUCAGGCCUCAGCUGCAGGCCCGGGAGCCUCAGGACCAGGCAGGCAACACCAGAGUCACCCGGAAGAGACGGAGGAGGAGCUUAGGGAGCACCAGGCGCUCUCCUCGUCAUCAUCGUCCUCCUCUCCUACCUCUGGGCAAGAGACGGGGUUGCUACGUGGGGUGGUCAUCAAGCAGGAGCCUCCGGAUCCCCAGGAGCAAGAAGAGAGGGAGCAAAGAGAGAGGCAGGCUGAGCAGGACUUCCUGUUCAGACAGCAGGCUCUGCUCUUAGAGCAGCAGCGGAUCCACCAGUUGAGGAAUUACCAAGCCUCGAUGGAAGCAGCCGGGCUUUCGGCCAAUUUUGCUGGCCACCGGCCUCUGUCGAGAGCUCAGUCAUCGCCAGCCUCUUCCUCCUUCCCCAUGGUCGUGCAGGAGCCGCCAGCCAAACCUCGAUUCACUACAGGUCUUGUGUAUGAGUCUUUGAUGCAGAAGCACCAGUGCAUAUGUGGUAGCACAACGAGUCAUCCAGAGCACGCUGGCCGCAUUCAGAGCAUCUGGUCCCGACUGCAGGAAACAGGCCUCAGGGCGCACUGUGAGUGUAUCCGUGGUAGGAAGGCCUCAUUGGAGGAGUUGCAAACAGUCCACUCUGAAGCCCACGUCAUGCUAUAUGGAACUAACCCGCUGCGGCAGAAACUAGACAGUUCAGUAAAUCCCAUGUUUGUGAGGUUGCCGUGUGGAGGCAUAGGGGUGGACAGCGACACCAUUUGGAAUGAAGUCCAUUCAUCCAGCGCAGCGCGUCUGGCUGUUGGCUCUGUGGUGGAGCUCGUCUUCAAAGUAGCAUCGGGAGAACUGAAGAAUGGCUUCGCUAUCGUUCGACCCCCUGGACACCACGCUGAGGAGAGCACACCUAUGGGUUUCUGUUAUUUUAACUCAGUCGCCAUAGCAGCCAAGCUCCUGCAGCAGAGGCUCAAUGUCAGUAAAAUCCUCAUCGUAGACUGGGAUGUCCACCAUGGCAAUGGAACCCAGCAGGCCUUCUACGCUGACCCCAGUGUCCUUUACCUGUCCCUGCAUCGUUACGAUGAUGGGAAUUUCUUCCCGGGAAGUGGCGCACCCGAUGAGGUGGGCAGUGGAGCAGGUGAAGGUUUUAACGUGAACAUGGCCUUUACUGGGGGACUGGACCCUCCUAUGGGGGAUGCAGAGUAUCUAGCUGCAUUCAGGACGGUGGUCAUGCCUAUUGCCAAUGAGUUUGCGCCUGAUAUGGUUCUGGUAUCUUCUGGCUUUGAUGCAGUAGAUGGACAUGCCCCACCGCUGGGAGGAUACAAACUGACAGCCAAAUGCUUUGGCUACCUGACCAGGCAGCUGAUGGGUCUGGCAGGCGGUCGGCUGGUGCUUGCCUUGGAGGGGGGUCACGACCUCACAGCCAUAUGUGAUGCCUCUGAAGCCUGCAUCUCUGCUCUGCUUGGCAAUGAGUUGGACCCCAUUCCCGAUGAGGUGCUGCAACAGAGACCAAAUGCAAAUGCGGUACGGUCUAUGGAGAAAGUAAUCGAAUUUCACAGUAAAUACUGGUGCUCACUGCAACGUUCUGCCUCCUCGCUGGGUUAUUCUUUGAGUGAGGCCCUCAAGCGUGAAGCAGAGGAAGCUGAAACUGUUUCUGCCAUGGCCUCAUUGUCUGUUGCAAACAAGCACGUUGGAAAGAGGGCUGAAGAGGAACCGAUGGAAGAGGAAGCUCCUAUGUAAAGAAACAUCCACGACCUUUUUGAUCACUCAGACUCGUCUGUGGCAUUUUAUCGUGACAAAAAUGGACCACUGAAGAUGAGCGACCCUUUUGCUGAUCAGCGGUGCACUGAGCAAUCAGCAUAAACGCGUUGCAUUGCAUUGCACUUAAAGACUUUUGGAUAUACGAUUGUUUCAGCUAUCCCGUAAUGACAACCUCCAGUGCCAGUGCUUUUAAAACACUAGACAGACAUACUUUUGAUUGCCAGUGAGAACCAUGCAGAGGACCUACAGUCAUCUACUCUUCGUGUAAUUCUGCUCUGUCCCUACUUUAUCUUCAUCUCUUCGCUUUCGUGAAGACCACCAUAGCUAUUGUGAUUGUUACUCUGGACUAAAGAUGGGUUCUUGCUCUUUCCAGAUAUCUAAACGAGAGGGAAAAAACAUCAGUUUUCCAUGUUGUUGAAGGUUACAGAUGAGAAAGGUCACAAACCUGUUAGAGUAAAAGACAUUUGUGCCUUUCCCCCCACCCCGUCUAAACUUGGUGGAAUUUUUUUGAACUCCACUGGAAGAGUUUUGCCUUAAAAAUAGUUUUGGGACUGAGGCCUCUUCUCCCCAAGCCCUCACACAUUUCUAUCCUGGCAAGACAUCCACUGCCUGCAUGUUGUUGGCACAUAGACUGAAGGACUUUGGCAUGUUUACCUAUAAUUCCCUGCAACCAGCCUACUGUCUCUGCCCCCACCUUUUCCCCUCAUUUUCAGUGUCAGCUUGGAAGGUAGUUCCCAGCCACAAGUUGGAGGUGGCUCCUUUAAAAAGGAAAUUAAGAGUUGGAAUUGUAUCGUUUAAUCACAUAGGCACCAGUUCUUCUUUGUCAGAGAAAGAUAUACGUAGCAUGCACUUUACUGGAGCACUUGGACUUAUGAAAGAUAGAAUCCUGUUUAUAUCGUAUGUAGUAGUUACAUAAAAAUGAAGCCAAAGCAUGACAGAUUAUUGUCUCUGUAGAGUAUAACCACUUACCGCCCCACACAUAUAACAACGACUGAGCAGUGUCGGUAUUUACAUUAGAAUUUGUCUCACUUUUUCAGACAUUUGCCGAAUGGAAAUAAACUAAUCUCACAUGGGCUCAUUUGUUGAACCCAGCCCUCUCUUUAAGACAAGGACCAUACCACCUGGGAUUUUCCAGAGGGGUGUUCUGGAGCUUUCACAGCUGGCCUAACAUCUUUCGAUCCUUUCGAUCAAGAACAUCUGCUUUGCAAAUGUCAGGUGAUACGAGGCAGGUGUGAAUGUUUCUGCCUCUUCGUUUUCAAUAAAGCACAAACUGUUCUCUCUAUAUUUUUUUAAUAGUAUGCAAACAUUUUUAGGUGUUCUGCAUUAUAAAAUGCAGUCCUCUUUUUGACAGCCCUUGGCUCAAAUGCACAUAUUUGAGCUUUAAAUAGCACAUGUAGCUCAGCCUGUCCUCCUGGAUUCUGAAUCGUUUCGUUAGGCCGGGUCUCGUUACUAAUCUGAGCAUCAAAUCUUUUUGAAUCAGCAUUUUUAUAUGUUAUAAUAUUUUAGAAGACAAGAUGUAAAAUUUUCCUGCUCUGACUUUUUUGAAGUCAAGCCCAUGAUAUAGCUCCCAGUCGCUCUGCACCACACACACAGCCAGCAGCUAGGUCGUAGUAGUUUAAUUUAAUAAUUAAACAGUCCCAGUUUAGGACUAUAGUGGCCCCUCUGAUCAACAUGCUAACUUCCUUCCAGCUUGUGUUUGGCCCUCUGGGCAACUACCUUCUGCUGCCUUUAUUUGACCUAAAAACUAAUCGUGUCUUUAAUGUCGUUUUUAAGUGAACAGGAAACGGAGCGCUGUGGUAUUUACUGUUAUUUACUGUACAUAGGACACUGAUCUCCUGAGUAUUCCUGCCACACACAUUCACUAUUUUUGUGGUUUGUUUUCCUCUCUUUCGCUUUUUUCUGCUUUUGAGCUCUAGUGACUUAUUUUUGUACAAUUUUCCUGUUGUUUUGUGCGUGUUGUCCACUCUCUGUUUCUCUGUUAUGUUGUAAAGCUGACAUACUUCACAGCAGGUGAGGGUUCAGACUCUGUUUUUAGUGGACGUUACAUGAGUACGUUUUCUGGGUUCAGGGUUUUUGCGGGAGCGUUGGGAUUCAAAUGUUUCUACUUUGUAUAAUGAUGGACAAUUGUGUAUUUACUGUCUGUUCAUAGUAGAUUUAUAUAUAAAAAGAAAUGAGUAUAUUAUAUAUCUAUACAUUACAAAAUGCUACGAUCUUGUUUUUGAAGUUGGUAUUGAAAAACAAUACUUUCCGUGGGUCUUAGUUACAGUUGGCCCUUUUUAGGGUGUUACUGAAGGCACCUUUUGCUGUUGAUCAUGUGUUGAGCAGCAUCUUUCUGGCUGUUUUUUGUCUCUCAGCAGUAAUGACUUUUUUGUUGUCUGUUUUGUUUAUUUCAUUAGUUACCCCAUUGGUACCAUAACACUGUUACAGUAGGUGUGCAGUCGCCCUCUGCUCAGCCUUGCAUUUUAAUGCACAUAUUUGUCAGAUUCCAUACCUUUUCUUUCUCGUGCAGAUGUUCUUGCGCGCAUAUCUUGCCUGGCAUCUGUUAAGUUUCAGUAUUUCAGGAAAUUUGAGUCUUUUUUUUUUGUUCCUCUUUGUUAAAGAUUAUCAUCUGACGUAUUUGAAAGAAUAGGAAGAAUAGCGAGGGCGGAUUAGAAUUGGAACACAGCCAUUGCUUUUCCCCCCUGUGUUAAAUCACCACGACGGGCCUUGCAAAUGGUUUUGUAUGAUCAACGUUUAUUUCCUUAUCAGGCCAAGUAUGCUUAGUUUUUAAUUUAAAUUAACAUUUUUCAAGUUCACAGCUGAAGUCUCAUCAGCUUUGGUAUGCAAGUUAUGUUUCUGUAUCUAAAAAUCGCAGUUUGAUCACAGUAACAGCCAAGCAGGACCGAGGUAUCGAUGCCUUAAAAAAAAACAGGAAAAAACACGUUUGAUUUUCUUUUUUGGGGGGGAAUUUCAAUCAGACGUACAAGAAAUAAAUUUGCUUAUUUUAACUGAAUGUAUCUAGCAGAGAUCUUCCCUCUCCUUACUAAUGCACCACUAAUGUCUUUAAGUCUCAAAUCCUUUCCGUAACUUUUGUAGUUGAGAUAUGGAUAUGGUAGAUUGUUUCCACCAUCAUCUUUUUUUAGUAAAUUUCUAAAGAUAAUGUCUAUACCAAUACAGUUUGCAUUAAAUCGUGCAUAAAGUAAAUUCUGCCAAAACAAAACCUCUGGUCUGGUUGCAGCAGGGCAUCUUUUAUUAUCAUUUUUUAGCUUUUUCUGUACAUUCCCUUUUUGUGAGACACACAUUGUUUUCUUCUCCUUUGUAGAUGUUGGCCAGCUUCUUUGUGUGUGUGAUACUUGCGUACUUUCAUAGUCGGGAUAUGAAAAUGCAUAUAAUCGGGCUAUCCUGAAUAUGACCUCAGCUGGGAUAUGCUGACAUCUCAGCUCAUUUUAACACACUUGAAGAGAUGCCUUUCAGUAACCCAGCCCAGAACAUUCCCAGAACCUUUGCACAACAGUGCCAGUCAUGGCUUUUCUUCUGUUUAAUGCUUUCGUUUCUCAAACGCUGCCAAAACUAGCACUGUCUGGCUACUCUGGCCAUCUGUCUUCACUGUUAGUCUUAAAACAAUGUCCAGUAACCAAAAAGAAAAAAGCAGCAUUCCAUUUUGGUGUAAUUUCCAUUUAUUAUAAGGUAAAUCUUUUUUUUUUUUUUUAACCCUCGCAGGUCUGAGAGCUGUCUUGUUUCUGUAGAUGCCCCGGUCUGACCCCACGCAGCUCCUCCUCUUUUCUCCCUGCAUGAUCCGUCUGUCUGCAUGCAUUACCUGUCUGUCUGUCCCCUGCCACACACCAGCACAAGGGAUCAAGCACUGAAGGACUUUCACUGUAUCCAAACUAUUUUUAUCUCUUUGCUUCUCUUUCUGUUUCUAAUAUGGAGGAAUUUGGGUGCUUUCCAUGUUGUGCUUUCACCUGUAGCGAAUGAAUCAUCAAACCUGGCAGACUUAAGUUGAAUAAGUCACAAAAAGAAAUAGUAUCAAGCACAGACAAUAGAUUUUAUUGUAUUUAUGUAGAAAAUGAAUUGUUUGGUGGGAUGCUUUGUAAACUAUAAGACCAGAAUGGACUGUCUUUUUUUUUUUUUUUUUCCCAAACCAGGCGAGAUGUGACUUUGGAGGAUUUUCAGAAGAUAUUUGUGUUUUCUGUCACGUCUGAACUCAUCAAAGGGCUCCAUCCAGACGCCAGGUCAUUGUUACAGUUGUCCAUUCCAGUAAAUAAGCCAGUUAUCUCUUUGACCACUGUGGUUCAGAAACAAACAGUUCUAGGUUUACAUAUGUAUAAAAUGCAUAUUCUUUUUUUUUUUUAUCAGUUAUGUUUUUGACUUGUUCCACCAUUGUUACAAAAAUAGUACAUUUUUCUCGGGAACCUUUGCUCUAACAUGUUGUCUUUGACAUGUACAUUAUAAAGUAUUGUUUUGGAAAAAAAAA